UCCACUAGUAGGACAUGUAGCAAUUAAGGCUAUCGUUGAGUCCAGCUUGUUAGAAAAGAAAUUCAAAACUUGCUAUUAGCAAUAAUAAAUAGAAUUAGGAAGGCAACUUCCUUGUAAGAUGCACGAAAUUCACCAGGCAAGCUAUUAUAUACAUAGCUCAAGAAGUUAGGAAGAGGAUCGAAAAUCAAAAAUGACAUUGAUUCGGAUCAUUUGCUUGCUUGUUCAGUCAAUCAUCUUUGUGGGCGUGAAACCUGCAGAGAUCACUUACAUAACAAGCUAUUGUCCAAAUUCCACUAGUAAUUAUACACAAGGAAGCAAAUUUCAGUUCAAUCUUAACCGAUUGUUGUACAGAUUACUGUACAAUAAUGGUGGCAAAUCCAUCUAUGCAAAACCCAGUGUAGGUGAAAACGAUGACGAUAAAGUUCAUGGAUUGUAUCUCUGUAGAGGAGACGUUGCGCCUAAAGACUGCCAAAACUGUAUAGACGUGGCAAGUGAGCGGAUCCAGCGCGAAUGUCUGCUUAAGAAACAAGCAAUUAUAUGGUAUGACCAGUGUUUGAUACGCUAUUCUGAUAUACCUAAUUUCGCCUCCACGUUUAAUGUCUCGUCUUAUUAUUGGAUCGUUUACAACACACAAAGCGUAUCGUGGACAGAACAAGUAGUUAAGGGGAUUUCGGAUGCAAUGUUUGAUAACCUUACCCCUAAAGCUACAAAUGAUCUGAAAUAUGCCGAAAGUUUUGAUGAAAUUACACCGUUGUCGUCGUUGUCUCAGAAGUUGUAUGGCAUGGUGCAGUGUAUACCAGAUUUGUCAGUUGCAGAUUGUCGCGCUUGCCUGAAGGGUGCGCGGUCUGUAAUCCCUAAAUCUGUACCGCGUGAAUGCAGAGUUGUACAUGAAAGCUGCCAUUUAAGCUAUCAAUUCAAAUAUCCCGAACAGGAGGACAAAGACCAAGGGGGUAUUACUUGGAAGACCAAGCUGCCUAUUUGUAUCGUCAUAGGUGUUAUAGCACUGGUGGCUGUUGUAUUGGCAGGAUCUUGCAUUUACCUUAUGAAAAGAAGAAGAAGAACACAGAAAGAGAGGAAUGAAAUGAGACAACUAAUCCAACUGCUUGACACACAAGGAAACUUACUUGAUGAAUUUUAAAUGUUGGAUUUAAAUUAAGUUGUAUUUUGUUUGAAUGUCAACUAUAUUCUGUUUAUAAUUUCUAUUUUCACUUUCAGCCUCUCAAUAUGUUAUGACAGUGGACAUGUGUGUUGUAUAAUUGCAGCUGAUGUCAGGGUAUUAUAUACUUGUACUGACUGGCUAUGAAAUACAAUAAUUC